CACUCACACCCACACUCGCACUUGCACUCGCACUUGCACUCGCACUUGCACUCGCACUUGCACUCGCACUUGCACUCACACUCGCACCCACACCCACACUCACACUCACACCCACUCACCACCAAACAAUUAACAUGCGCCACCAAACAAUCAACACGCACCACCAAACAAUCAACACGCCCCACCAAACAAUCAACACACCACCAAACAAAUCAACACGCCCCACCAAACAAUCAACACACCACCAAACAAUCAACACGCCCCACCAAACAAUCAACACACCACCAAACAAUCAACGCACCACCAAACAAUCAACACUUACCACCCACCCAUUGCCAAACACUCACCCUCGACAUCAACGGCCAUCCGCGCCUCGCCAAGCGUACACGCUCCGACGCGGCCGGCGCAGUUAUACCCGCAAAACACCUUUCCUUGCCUACCUUGCGUCCGAGUCUCUACUCUCGCCUUUUGGAUACCCAUAUACCCGCUCUUGUCGGCAUUACACUACCAUCCCAUCCCACUACACCGUUGGCAGCAUAGAGCGCCUCCGGUCGAGACAUGCACAUCCGCAUCUACAUCUACUGACAUCUCCUGUUCCAUCUACUCUUCCAUCUACACUUACAUUUACAUGCUACUCUUCCAUCUACACUUACAUUUGCAUCCUACUCUUCCAUCUACACUUACAUUUGCAUCCUACUCUUCCAUCUACACUUACAUUUACAUCUAUACCCAUACCAUCUAAUUUCUAUUUCCCUCCUGUUGUCUAGCUUUCUCAGCUUUCUUGACCAUUAUACCCGGGCCUCGGCGGCUGCGUUCCGUAGACUCUUCGUUGCACUCGGUAUGGCUGCCUGUCUGCAUAG